AUGCGUUUCUCCGCCGUUGCUGCUACCGCUCUCGCGGCCAGCCCUGCCAUUGUCGCUGCCGCCAAGGGCACUGCUGGUUUCGCGCUCGGUACCAAGGAGCCUUCCGGAGAAUGCAAGACCGUGGCCGAUUAUGAGGCCGACUUCGACGCCAUCAAGAGCAACUCUGGUGCUACUAUCGUUCGAGGAUACUCUGCUUCGGACUGCAACUCUGCCAAAAACAUCCUGCCCGCUGCGAAGAGCAAGGGCUUCAAGGUUGUGCUUGGUAUCUGGCCCGAUGUCGAGGACUCUUUCCAGAAGGACCUCAAGGCCAUCACCGACGUCGCCAGCACCUACGCCGACUCCAUCUACGCCGUCACCGUCGGCUCCGAGACCCUCUACCGCGGCAACUUCACCGGCUCCGAGCUGGCCGACAAGAUUAGCACCGUCAAGAGCAAGCUGCCAAAGGGCAUCAAGGUCGGAACUGCCGACUCCUGGAACAAGUUUGCCGAUGGCACCGGUGAUGCUAUCAUUGGUACCGCCGACAUCAUCAUGGUCAACGCCUUUGCUUUCUGGCAGGGUGCCAGCCGCGACAACGUACUACAGGCGACUCACGUUGUAAUGGACGAUAUGUACCAGGCCAUCACCCACAUCGAGAAGAUCGCUGGCGGCGUAGACAAGGCACCUGAGGUCUGGACCGGCGAGACCGGAUGGCCCACCGCCGAGGGCACCGACUACGACGAGGCCAAGGGUGGACUGAGCAACGCCGAGCACUUCUACCAGCACGGAUUCUGCGCCCUUCUCGACUGGGGCUUCAACGCUUUCUACUUCGAGGCUUUCGACGAGCCCUGGAAGCCUGCCUCCAUUGGUGACAACGGCAAGGCUGCUGACGAGACUGCGUGGGGUGCUAUGACCGCGGACAGGAAGACCAAGUUCUCGCUCAGGUGCUAG